CGGAAUCAUUGAACUGCAUGUACGGUGGGACAUGCCCCCGCCCGGGACAUGUUAGUCCCGUGUCACGGUGACACAGGGAGUCCUCCUCAUAGUGAGUAAGCAGACUUUGACAGCUUACACCCGGUUUACAUCAGGUGUCCCGGUAGGAUGUUAAGACUGGCCCGGGGCCGGUCUGUGUCACAGAGUAGCUUAGCCCGCCUGCUGAGCAGAGCCGUUCUUGGAGCAGACGCUGUGCAGCAGCAGACCACAGAGAGACAAGUCAGGGGGUUCGGACACACACACCACCACCAACACCACUUCCACCUCCAGAACCCAGCGGGACGGGACAGAACCCUGCUCCCGGAGCAACAGUCGGCCGCCCGCUUCGGCUGCAGUCUAAGGAUGGCGUCCGGGACUCCUCCCCCUCCCCCCACCCCUCCAAAACACACCAACCGACUCUACGAGGAGAAGUCCCCCUAUCUCCUGCAGCACGCCCACAACCCCGUGGACUGGUACGCUUGGGGACAGGAGGCCUUCGACCGGGCCAAACAGGAAGACAAACCCAUCUUCCUGUCAGUGGGCUACUCGACCUGUCACUGGUGCCACGUGAUGGAGCGCGAGUCCUUUGAGGACGAGGAGAUCGGACGGCUGCUCAGUGAGAACUUUGUCUGCAUCAAAGUGGAUCGGGAGGAGAGGCCGGACGUGGACAAGGUCUACAUGACGUUCGUACAGGCUACGAGUGGCGGAGGUGGAUGGCCCAUGAGUGUGUGGCUGACCCCUGACCUUCGACCUUUCAUCGGGGGCACGUACUUCCCUCCCAGAGACGCCGGAAGGAGACCGGGACUCAAAACGGUCCUCAGAAGAAUCAUGGAGCAGUGGCAGACCAACCGGACCGGACUAGAGUCCAGUGGCGAGCGCGUCAUGGAGGCUCUGAGGAAGGGCACCGCCAUCGCUGCGGCCCCCGGAGAGGCCCCGCCCCCGGCCCCGGACGUGGCCAAUCGCUGCUUCCAGCAGCUGGCCCACUCCUAUGAGGAGGAGUACGGGGGCUUCAGAGACGCCCCCAAGUUCCCCACACCAGUGAACCUGAUGUUCCUGAUGUCGUACUGGGCCCUGAACCGCUCCACCACCGAGGGGGCCGAGGCCCUCCAGAUGACCCUGCACACCCUCCGCAUGAUGGCCCUGGGGGGCAUCCACGACCACGUGGCUCAGGGCUUCCACCGGUACUCGACAGACGCCUCCUGGCAUGUGCCGCACUUCGAGAAGAUGCUGUACGACCAGGCCCAGCUGGCCGUGGCCUACGUCACCGCCUUCCAGGUGUCGAGAGAGCAGUUCUUUGCGGAUGUGGCCAGGGAUAUACUGGUCUACGUCUCGAGAGACCUGAGUGACAAGUCCGGGGGCUUCUACAGCGCGGAGGACGCAGACUCG